GGAUGACUAAAGACCAACAUAUGAAUCAUGACUCCUCCUGAAUCGAACUCUCUCUUCCCAUCUGCAAGUCUUCUAAGCAAUGGAUCUCACUUACUCGCACAUCGCCCCGUAAAGUUUAGCGAACCAAUAGGUGCAUCUGGCAAUGGAUCCUCUCAACUUACUUUGCGCCCCGCCCCUACUUCCUCUUUGGCCGAGGCAGACUAUGAUGUCGAUGUCGAUUCCGGUUUCCUACCACCUCAGAUGCCAUUAUGCCGUCUAGUUGGCGAACCGUGGAAUGUAUGGGAGGAAGCUUGGGACUCAACUUCGGGCUUUAGACCUGGUAUCGGUGAAGAUGAUGACCAACGAAUCCGAGCUUGGAGGCGAUACAUCCGGGAAGAGAUGCCAGUGAUUGACGUUAAACCGUUACAAGACCAAGGAGUGGUAGAACUCAGACGAGCUCAUAGUCUUCUCGCCUUCCUUACUCACACUUACGUUCAUUCUGAAGCUCGAAAAGUGGUGCUACAAGACGACUAUCAGGUGAUCAUCCCUCGAGCAUUAGCCAUACCUUUUUGUGCUGUCAGUGAUAUUCUCGAUAUCCCUCCCAUACUUACCUACGCCGACACGGUACUUUACAACUGGAAAUUGAAAAAUCAAGCCCUUGGAUUCACGGUCGACAAUGUAGAGAUUCCUUCCACUUUUACACGUAGCGUAUCAGAAUCGCAUUUCUUCAAAACCUCUUUGUUGAUCGAGACAAUUGGACCACAAUGCCUGCGUUCGAUGCGUUCCUCUCUGGAUGAAGCUUUCAUUGGUGAUGAGAAAUCCGUCCGAAGAAUCGGUGAACAUCUAGUGGCUCUUGUCAUCAAUAUAAAGUGUAUCACUUCAUUUCUCAAUGAUGUUCGCACGGCUUGCGAUCCACGUGAAUUUUAUUGGGAGAUUCGACCUUGGUUCAACGGUGGCAAAUGGAUCAUGGAAGGUGUUCCGGCCUUGCCCGGACCGUGGCGAGUCACAGAAUUUGGUGGACCUAGUGCAGGUCAAUCUACCCUCAUUCAUUCACUCGAUGUUUUUCUUGGAGUAGAUCAUUCUCCACGUCCAGGCGAAAUGUCAAAAGAAGAAACUUUUAUGAAGCGAAUGGCCGCAUAUAUGCCACAUUUCCAUCGAAGAUUUCUUCAACAUCUUUUUUCUUACACUGGCGAAAUUCGAAGCUUGGUAUUAUCAUCUGGAUCUAAAAGCCUUCUUGCUACUAGAUACAACAGUGCUGUUGCAGCCCUCGAAGAGCUCAGAAACAGUCAUAGUCGUGUAGCACUUUUUUAUAUCAUCUCUCAAAGUCGAACAGAACCUCCGAUCGGAAGUGCUUUUAUUUCUGAAUGGGAAGAAAAGAUGGUGGCUGAAUGGAAAAAACAACAACUUGCACUUUCUCGUGAACCUGGAAAUGAAACUGUCCAUACGGGAACUGGUGGGACUGAUUUAGCAAAGUUUUUAAAAAGAUGUAGAGAACGAACGACAGAGGCAUUGAUUCAGAAUUAGUCAACAUCAACAUCUUUGAUAAAUUUAUCAAUUCAUCUAAUUUGACGGAUCUAUAGGACUUUCAGGAAUGUUUUUUACUGAAGACGAAUUCCGCCCAUGGGCACUAUCCAACGCGAUAACUGGAACCAGUCAACUCAUCACAUCUGACGGGCAUCUAAUUCCAACAUAUUCGUCGUGAUCCCGAAGAUCUAGCUCUACCUUAUCAAAGCAACCAUAAUUCACCCUGAUCAAAGUCCACAAUUAAUAUUCGCCCUUUCUGUCGAGUAUCAGAUUCACAUACACCAAUCUGUCUUUCAACCUAAGCCUUUGAAAUUCUCAACUAAAUGAAAUGCUGUUUGCGAGAAUGGUUGUUAUUGAAUCAUGACCAAUUGAAAGAGAUAUUAGAUUCUUUACUUCAUUCUCCUCAUAGAAGUCAUUGAAUGACUGCAUUUCGUGUCUCUUCAUCACAUUUCAUUAGAAUAUAUGUACUUCUUCCACUCUUGUCCUAUUAACGUCGUUUAUCAUUCACAUGUAACGUAACAAUAUCUAACUACAUAAACCUGGCUUUGCCUAAUAAUUGUCAAAGAAUAAGACGUGAACAAUUUUUCUAUU